AUGGAUAAUAAGACAACUACUAGCUUUAAUUUGGUUAAAGACCAAAUCGGCCAGAUUCGGAAGCAAUUUCGCACCCCCUCGAUAUCAUGCGGCGUUUUGCACGACGGCGAAGUCAUUUUCCGUCAUUGUGAAGGUUUCGCCAAUGUGGAAAAUAGCCUCCAACCAGAUGCUGACACUCUCUACCUCAUUGCAUCUUGCACCAAGGCCUUCACUUCUGCUACGUGCGCUAUUCUCGAGAACGAAGGAAACUUAAACUGGGCUGCGCCGGUGUCGUUAUAUCUACCAGACUUUAACACUGUUCACGAUCCUGAAAUCGGCAAGCGAGCAACACUCGAGGAUCUUUUGUCCCAUUCCACUGGCCUUGCCCCUGUUGACCAUGCCGUUACGGGCUUUUACGACGAGUACUACAACAAAGGCCACGACCAAGUCAAGAUUGCCUCCUACCUCCCCGUGGCCUACAAUUUUCGAUCCCGGUGGCUUUACAAACACACCAUAUAUGGAGUUGUCGGUGAACUUAUCGCCAAGAUCACCGGAAAAAGCGCAGGGCAAGCCAUGAAGAAGAAGGUUUUUGAGCUUCUAGGUAUGAAAAGAACCUGUACAAGUGCUAAAGAGUAUACCGAUAACAACGUGGCUACGGGUUACUCGAUUUUGGAUGGAGGAACGGCGUUGCCCCUGGAAAACCCCCAGUUGGAAGACGGAGGUAUUCAAGGAGCCGCAGGAUUCGCCCGAAGCUCAGUGAACGACAUGCUCCUCUGGGCAAAAGCAGUUAUGGAGGCUGAGGACGAAGCAAAGAAAAGGGGAAAAUCGCCCGGUCUCCCAGGCAUUGAGUUUGCCAGGUGCGCUCAUCGCCCGAUGACUCUUGAGAAUGAGCUCGGUGAAAACUCCUAUGGAUUUGGAUGGUUCCGACACACACUGCCCUCCCGAUGGUUGUCCACGAUUGGACCCAACUUUGCACUCCUGCCUGACCCUCCUAUUAUCGGAGCGGACUCUUGUCCCAGACUGGCAGUGGCGCAUUGGGGUGAAUUUCAAGGCUUUCUCACCCCAUUCUACACCUUUCCUGAGACCAAAAGCGCCGUUAUUGUGAUGGCCAAUUCUUCGCCGUCGCGAGGAGAUCCCACGGACCUUAUUGCACAAGCACUUUGCCAGGAACUUUUUGACAUGAAGCCACGUAUAUCUCUCUAUGAUGCUGCUGUCCGAGCUUCUACAAGGGCAAACGAAAGAUGGUCAGAACUAGUGCAAGAAUGGGCGACAAAACGAGACCAGACUUCUACCAGUCAACCAGCCUCCGAAUUCGUCGGAAACUUCAGCAAUACGGGUUUAAUGCUAGACAUUAGUAUUCGCGAGUUAAGUGAUCAAGAAAAGGGGCACGGCGAACGCCCAGAACUUUUGGAAUUCACUGUCAACGAUAUGCCAAGGCAGAGGGCGAAGUUGCGCUAUUAUCACCAUGAUGUCUGGACAUUCAUACCUGACUCAAGAGAUGACGCAACACGGAGGGGCUUGGAACAAUACAUGCUGCUGCCUCUGCUGCUCUUCUCAUUUCUUCGUAAUGCUGAGGGCAAGGUUGUCGCGUUAGAAUGGGAUCUCCAGGCCGGUGUGGCCGAGGGUCCUGCACCUGGCUUAAGCGAAAACGUCCAACCAAUUCGCUUCGACCGUGUAGAGAAGUAA